UUUGUCAUUUCUGUCUUUCAUGAUCUUCUUCUGCAAUUUUUGUCGUUUCAAAUAUACUUGCAAAAGAGGAAAUAAAAUCGAUUAUUAUUAUAAUAUCAUGCAAUUCUAUAUGGUCUGGUGAUCUGAUCUCUCUCUCUCUCUUUCUCUUGCAUCUUUUUUGUAGUGUAAGUCUCUGCUUUGUCGACUGCUCUCAGUGAACUCACCACUUUCCUUUUUCUUUCAUUUUUUUGUAGUCUUAGAGUCAAUUGUUUUUCUUCUUCAUUGCAAACAUUUCUUUCGCCUUCUCUCGAGAAAACUUCCAUUUUUAGCACUACAAGUAAAAAAAGGCUUUUAAAUUUUUCGAAAUGAAAUGAAAAUGGGUUUUUGAUAACUUUUUGUUUAGAAAAGAGUUCAGGUACGAAUCGCCGUCGUUUUGGUGUUACUGUUUUCGGAGCCUAAAGUUGAGCUCGUGAAGCGUAGCUUUUUGGUAGACUUUUUUUUUUAUUCUAGUCAAGUCUGAAUCGCCCUAUUGAUGAUCUGACGAUUUUCAAGGAUCUGAAUCACUCAUCCGCUCAUCACUGCUUAUCUUUUUCAAUGGCGUUUUAAGGCCACUCUACUUGUUGACCUUUUGACUUUGUUUUCCGAGUAUCGGGAUCGGAUGUCAUAUAGGUAACUUUGACAGAUGAAUAGGCGAUUCCUUUUGGUACUACUGUCCUCGGUUUCCACCGCCGUAUUAUUCCUCUUCCUCAUCGUGCUAUUUCCAGGUGAGAGUGGUUCAUUCGGGUUGAAGUUGAUGGGACUGAGGAUCAAGCAAGGAAACAACACAUUUUCUGCACUACAUCGCAAGCUUCUUCAUGGGACAACAAUGAAGGAACCGAACCGACUUCCAGGGGAGAAGUGUACCAAGGCAGAUAUAGUGAUCAACCAGGGAGCCACUCGGCCACUCCCCACUGGCAUCCCGACCUACACCGUCGAGAUCAUGAACAUCUGCUUUACCGGCUGCGACAUCUCUGGAAUUCACUUAAACUGCGGCUGGUUUAGCUCCGCCCGUCUCAUCAACCCCAAAACGUUCCGACGCCUUCACUACAACGACUGCCUCGUGAACGACGGGAAACCAUUGAUCAAUGGUGGAACAGUCUCCUUUCAAUACGCCAACACCUUCCUUUACCCUCUUUCUGUCUCCCGUGUCAUCUGUUCUUAGCCGUAAAGAUUCAAGACCCGAGCUCAACCUAUACAUGUUGAUAUCUCUCUAUAUAUAAUCCCACUUUAAAGCAAGAAUAGGUUAGUGAUUAGUUUACAAUACUGGAUUUUCAUACCUUUAGUAUACGUAUAGACCCUUGUGAUCUCAUCCUUUUAGUUUUAUUUGGAGAAUAUGCUUUUGAACUUGGGUGUAAAUGCUAGAUACGAGGUAUGAAUCCGAUAUGAAUGUCUAUUUGGUGGUACUGAUUUUGAGAUUUGAAACCAUACCUUAAAAGUCUUUGAACUGGUUUUGUAAUGAAGAUCUACCAUGAAUAUUGGUUUUGGUUGUU